AUGGCUGAAAAACCAACACCUGCUUCUGCACCCACGCAGUGCGUCGGCCCGACCUUUAGGGAUGUCGCUGACAAGCCGAGUGCUACUGUGUCUGCCGUGGUGUCGUCUGAUAAUGUCUAUGUCUUGCCGCAGACUCCCCAGUUGAUUGCCCUUCUAUCCAUGAUAAGAAACAAGGACACAGAGCGCGCCGAUUUCAUCUUCUACUCCAACAGAAUUAUCCGACUGCUGGUAGAGGAAGGCCUAAAUCACCUUCCGGUCAUUGAGAAAAACAUCACCACACCCGUCGGCCGCACGUAUAAUGGUUUAAUGUUUCAGGGCAAGAUAUGUGGCGUCUCCAUCAUGCGAGCGGGAGAGGCAAUGGAGCAGGGAUUACGUGACUGCUGUCGAUCCGUAAGAAUUGGAAAGAUAUUGAUUCAGCGAGACGAGGACACGGCGCUGCCCAAACUUUUCUAUGAUAAACUCCCCGAAGAUAUUGCAAACCGAUGGGUCCUUCUGCUAGACCCCAUGUUUGCGACAGGUGGUUCCGCUACAAUGGCUGUCGAGGUCCUCAAGGGCCGAGGGGUCCCCGAGGACCGAAUCCUGUUUCUCAACCUGAUUGCUAGUCCAGAAGGAAUAACGAGCUUCGCCGCCAAGUUCCCUCGCCUCAAAGUUGUAACGGCGUUCAUUGAUGAGGGCUUGGAUGAGAAAAAUUACAUUGUGCCUGGUCUUGGAGACUUUGGCGACCGAUUCUAUACGAUUUGA